GAGUUUUGAUUUGGACGUUGGCUGAUGUGUAAAAGUUAAUAGCGUAAGGAUCUUGUGAUCCUGUGAUUAUGUCUACCUCUGAGGCUAGAGAGAAAUAGAUUGAACCCGGGGCAGGGAGAGAGCAAAGAACUGGAGUGGAACGUUCUGGCACACGCAAUGUAAAAGGAAAGGUGGAAAACAAAAUAACGAAAGAAAUACACACAAAUUUAGUGUUUCUAAACAAGAUUUUAAUAACAACGUGUGCAACAAGUAUUGGAAUUAAUAGAAAUGUAUCUGAUAUUAAAUACUGAUAAGGGAGAUGAUCAUGGCCGCUCAAGUAGCAGCAGCUCCGGCCAACAGUAACGGCGGCGGCGGCAGCAGCAACAACAGCAGCCCUGGCAGCCGCGACCCCGACACCAUCAACAACAGCAAGCCGGUGGCUCCUACUCCGGCUGCGGGAGGAGAUUCCAGCGGCGGCGGCGGUGGCUUGAACCUCAACAGCGUUGAUCAUCAUCACCAUCCCCGUCACCAUCUCCACCACCACCACCACCUUCACCAUCUUCACCACCACCCCCUCCAGCAGCAGCAACAGCAGCAGCACCACGGCGAGCUCAACAUGGCCAACUCCUCGGGCCCGGCGAGCAGCAACAACGGUGGUGGUGGUGGCGCAGCUGGGGGCUCGGGGUCCAACCCCAACCCCAACGCGAACCCCGUCCCCGUCCCCGAGCCGGCGCACAAAGAGCCCGCCUCGGCCUCGCCUUCCUCGGCAUCCACCGCCUCCUCCUCCUCCUCCUCCUCCUCCUCCUCCUCGGCCGCCAGCGAGGCGGGGAUAAUCCCCAAUCACAAAGUGAAGGCGAGCGGCGCCGAGUUGCUGCUCGCCCCCCAUCACCAAGGCGAAGGGAGCGGCGGCGGUGGCGGCGGCGGCGCGGACACUCAACAUGGAGGCGGCGGCGGCGGCGGCAAAGACAACAGCCUCUUAGCCGCCGACAGUCAGGGCAACGGCGGCAGCAAGGCCGACGCCGAGCUGCUUAAAAUGGGCGACCAGAGGUACGAGCACCCGGCGGCAGCAGCGGCGGCGGCGGGACCCAACAACCAGGCGGGCGUCGCCGAUUACAAUUACUACCGAGCGGGGCCGGCGACGGCGGCAGGAGCAGGCCCCGGGCCCGGCCCUUACUUCGAUCAACAUGGCGGACAACAAAGCCCCGGGCUCGGUGUUCACCCUUCCACUAACCUGGAGCUGAGCGCCAGCCCGCUGCACAACUCACACGACGGCUAUUCCAACAACUACAAUCACUACUCGGGCUACAGGCCACCCUACGGCAGCCCCGGCUACGGCAUGAUCAGCUCGCCCAGGGCGAACAGUAUGGGCGGCGGUGGUGGUGGGCACCACCAUCAUCAUCACUCCGGCAAACAGCAGCCGCCGCCACAGCAGCAGCAACAGCAACAACAGCCGCAGCCACAGCAGCAACAGCCACAGCCGCCCUUGGCCGGGGCCUUCCAGCGCUACUCGGGCCAGAGCCAGCACUCCGGAGCCACGCCAACCCUCAACCAGCUCCUGACCUCCCCCAGCCCCAUGAGGGGAUACAGCUUCUCGGACUACAGCAACCCCGGCGCCUCGCAGGCCUCUCUCAAAGGGAGCGACAUGGGCUCUCAGUACGGAGUAGGCAGCAGCCAAGCCUGGGGAGGUGGUGGUGGUGGUGGUGGCGGCGGAGCGACAACUGGACAAGCCCGCAGCCAUCCGGCUAUGAGCCCCGGUAGCACGGCUCAGGCUCUGGGCAGGACGCAGGGGAAUCCAGUUGAUCAGAUGGGCAUGAAGAGACCCCAGCUGUAUGGGAUGAAUAACAAUCCUUAUUCACAGCAGCAACAGCAGCAGAGUGGCUCUUAUCCUGCCCAACCAUAUGGACCACCUACUCCGCAGCGCUAUCCAAUGACCAUGCAGAGCAGGAAUCAAAGUAACAUGGGAGGAAUGCAAUAUCCACAGCAACAGAUGCCCCCACAUUAUAGUCAGCAGAGCAUGAGUGGUUACUGUCAGCAGGGCCAGCAACCGUACUACAAUCAACAACAGCAACAACAGCAACAGUCAUCAUACAUGCAGCAGGCACAACAGAGGUACCAAGCCCAGCAGGAUAUAACUCAGGAAGGCUACGGAACCCGGACUGCGCCACCAUUGACAUCUAGCAAGCCAAACCAUGAAGAUUUGAACUUGUUACAGCAAGAGAGACCAUCAAGUUUGCCUGAUUUGUCUGGAUCCAUUGAUGACUUGCCAACGGGAACAGAAGGAACUUUAAGUUCUGGCGUGAGUGCUUCAGGAUCCUCAAGUGGCCAAGGAGAACAGAGUAAUCCUGCUCAAUCUCCCUUCUCGCCCCAUGCCUCCCCUCACCUCUCUGGCAUACGGGGGCCCUCUCCCUCUCCCGUUGGCUCCCCUGUUGGAAGUAACCAGUCCAGGUCUGGGACCUUGUCCCCAGCAGGUGUACCAGGAAAUCAGAUGCCUGCUCAACCUUCCAAUAGUCAACCCGACGCUAGCUCACAUCCGGCCAUGAACCAGUCUCCAAUGUUACAGGAUAGAGGUUUCAUGCCAAGUGUCCAGAGAAAUGCACAAGUCUCUCAAUACGGAUCCCAGCAAACAGGUGCUCCCAUGUCACCACAUCCAUCACCUGUUGGACAGAUGCACAGUGCCAUGGGGCCUUAUCAGCAGCCCAAUUCCAGCAGCCCUUAUGGUCCCCAAAGCGCCCAAUUUGGGCCUCAAGGUUGUGCCAUGACAGUUAAAAGAAAUGGCAGCAUCCAUGGAGCGGAAGGAAAGGAAAGGGGCACUGUCGGUCUGGAAGUAACAAAGAUCGUCGACGAGACUGUUGGAGGUAAUUAUCCCAGACCGCCUAAUUAUGGUGGAGUACCGAACACCAACUACAGUGGUCCAGGUCCAGGUCCAGGCUUGACUAACAACAUGAGUAUGAAUAUGAACAACCAGAUGCAUGGUCAGGGCCCAGCUCCACCUUGCAGUAACAUGACAGUGGGCAGGAUGUCAUCAUCGGGGAUGUCGAACUGGCCUUACUCUGGCAACACGAGUAAUAUGACCCCAAACUCUCCAGGCAUGUCACAGCAGGUUGGCGUGGGGAUGGGACCUCCAAUGGCAGCUGUAAAUCGCAAGGCACAGGAGGCUGCUGCUGCUGUGAUGCAGGCUGCAGCAAACUCUGCUCAAAACAGGCCACCAUACAUUAGGUCGCCUGGUUAUCCCAGUCAGACUGGGCCUGGUGGACGUCCUGUGUUUCCACCACAACAUCCCAACUAUGGCAACACUCGGGCUCCCUUGAUGUACCAGCCUGACCAGUACGGGCAAACGGGAUACACUGGCAUGAACCAAAGCGGAAUGAUGGGCUCUAGCUCUCCCUACAGCCAGCCAACGAACAACACCUCUUUAAUAAUGAAUUCGCAGACCACUACUUACAACAUGGCAUCUAAUAUGGUGAACAGCUCCUCAGUUUCAAUGAAUCUCGGAGCAGACAUGAUGACUCAGGGCGAUUCCAAACUGCAGGUACUUCAGAAAAUGGAUAUCAAAGAAGAAAGCCUCCCAAUAACCGAGACCAAGUCUAAGAAAUCAAACUCUUCUACAACGGGUGAGAAAAUAACCAAGCUGUACGAACUUGGUAGCGAACAGGAGCGUAAAAUGUGGAUAGAUCGUUAUUUAUCCUUCAUGGAGGAGAGAGGGACUCCAGUGGCCAGUUUACCUGCCGUGGGCAAGAAGCCUUUAGAUCUUUAUCGACUUUACAUUUGUGUUAAAGAAAUUGGCGGUCUGGCACAGGUUAACAAAAGCAAAAAAUGGCGUGAACUGGCAACAGCCCUGAGCGUGGGUACAUCAAGCAGUGCAGCAAGCUCCCUUAAAAAGCAGUACAUUCAAUACCUGUUUGCCUUUGAAUGUAAGAUUGAGCGUGGAGAGGAGCCCCCUCCUGAAAUAUUUAGUUCUGCUGAAUCUAAAAAGCAGCCUAAAAUACAACCCCCUUCUCCUGCAGGUUCAGGUUCCUUACAAGGACCACAGACACCUCAGUCCACAAGCAGCCCGAUGGGAGAAAGUGGGGAUUUGAAACCACCAACACCUGUAUCAACGCCUCAUGGACACGUGACGCCCAUGCAAGGGAACAGGAAUAAUGCAAUCAGCGUGCAGGAUCCCUUCUCGGAUGUUAGUGACCCAGCAUUUCAGAAAUGGGGCUCCAUGACACCGAAUACACCAUACCAACCAGGCAUGAAUAUGCCUGAAAUGAUGAAUCGAAUGUCAUAUGAACCCAAUAAGGAUCCCUUUGGUGGUAUGAGGAAAGUGCCUGGAUGUAAUGACCCUUUUAUGCCUCCUGGAGUAAUGCCUAACAGUGGGAUGCAGGAUCUGUACAACCGUUCACCAUCAGGAGCAAUGGGCAACAUGAGUAUGGGCCAGCGACAACAGUAUGCUUAUGGAUCUGGCUACGACAGGAGGUCUGAACAUGGAAUGGGUCCUGAAGGCAGUAUGGGUCCUCCAGGUGGCCAGUCUAACAUGAUCCCUUCCAACAGUGACCCAAGUAUGUACUCGCCAAACCGCUACCCUGCACAACAAAGGCAUGAUCUUUAUGGGCAACAAUAUCCAGGCCAAGGACCCCCUUCAGGACAAACACCAUAUGGAGCACAUCAAACUGGAAUGUACCCUCAGCAGCAGGUGCAGAGUUACAAACGGCCCAUGGAGGGCAUGUAUGGUCCCCCACCAAAGCGCCAUGAAAGUGACAUGUACAAUGUACAAUAUGGUAGCCAGCAGCAGGAAAUGUACAAUCAAUAUGGCAAUGCUUAUACUGGACCUGACAGGAGAUCCAUGCAAAGUCAGUACCCAUUGACGUAUAAUAGAGACAGAAUGCAGGGUCCAGGUCCGAUGCAACAGCAUGGGAUGCCACCACAAAUGAUGGGCGGACCGAUGCAAGUGUCGUCCACUGAAGGGCCACAGCAGGGGAUGUGGCAAUCAAGGAACGAUAUGCCUUAUCAAUAUCCAAACCGGCAAGGCCCUGGAGGGCCUCCACAGGCAUCGCCAUAUGCAGGGAUGAACCGCACUGAAGAAAUGAUGUUACCUGAUCAGAGAAUGAAUCAUGAAGGCCAAUGGCCUUCGCAUAUGAACCAACGGCAGCCUUCAUACUUGCCUUCAGCUUCCAUGGUUCCUAUCACACGGCCGGCUCAGUCCUCCUACCAGACUCCUCCUUCAAUGCCAAACCACAUUUCCAGGGCCCCCAGCCCAGCCCCAUUUCAACGGUCUCUAGAAAACAGAAUGUCCCCCAAUAAAUCUCCUUACAUGUCGUCCAUGAAGAUGCAGAAAGUUGGGCCUCCGGUUCAAGCCUCUCAGGUUGCUGUUUCACACCAUCAUCCUCCCUCUGUAAGGCACGAGAUUACCUUUCCUCCUGGUUCAGUGGAAGCAUCACAACCGCUCUUAAAAGCAAGGCGAAAACUUACCUCAAAGGAUACUGGAGCACCGGAGGCAUGGCGGGUUAUGAUGUCCCUCAAGUCCGGCCUUCUGGCUGAAAGCACUUGGGCACUGGAUACCAUCAACAUCUUACUGUACGAUGAUAGCACUGUAGCGACAUUCAACCUCUCGCAGUUGUCUGGUUUCCUGGAACUCCUGGUGGAAUAUUUCAGAAGAUGCUUGAUAGAAAUAUUUGGCAUUUUGAAAGAGUACGAGGUUGGAGAUCCCGGUCAGAAGGCUCUGCUUGAUCCCGAUAUAUUUAAGAAAGAUGAUGCUAACGAUAUUAAAGAUGAUAUUAUGGAGGAGGGAGAGGGCGAAGAAAUGGACGAAGACUGUGGCGAUGGUGACAACGAUCGAGAAGAAAAUGAUCUAUUAGAAAGUGAAGACGGUGAGGUCAGCCGUGCAGCAAGUGAUUUGCAACUUGGUGAGGAGAAACCAAAGCAAGCCAGUAAGUUUGACAGGCUACCAUUGAAGAUUGUGAAGAAGGACCUUUGUGCCGUGGACCGUACAAGUAAACUUGGUCGCGUUCAGGAGUUUGACAGUGGUUUGCUUCAUUGGAAGAUUGGUGGAGGCGACACGACAGAGCACAUUCAGACCCACUUUGAGAGCAAAAUGGAAAUACUAGCACGCAAGAGGGUGUCGGCAUGUUUAAGUAACCCGACUAUAGAGAAGAAGACAAAAGAGCAUGAGAACAAAAAAAACAUAAGUACAGAAGAACAGCCAGGAAAGAGUAUCGCAGCAACGAUAGAUGAUGUGUUGUCAGCUCGGCGUGGUGUCUUGCCAGAAGACCAUUCCAAUGGUUCGUCUUCUGAGACAGAAAACAAUAAAUUUCUCUUUGGCAUUCACGAGGCGAAAAAACUCAAAAACAUAAAGUUAUUGGAGGACGAGCCUUGCACCCAUGACAAUACGCCAUUGUGCACAAUCUCUGACUGGCGGGACUCUUUGGCAAAGCGUUGUAUUUGUGUGUCAAAUAUAGUUCGUAGUUUGUCUUUUGUGCCUGGGAAUGACAUUGAAAUGUCAAAGCACUCGGGCCUAAUACUCAUUUUGGGGAAACUGAUUUUGCUGCACCACGAGCAUCCGGAAAGGAAGCGAACGCCGCGGACAUACGAGAAAGAGGAAGAGGAGGACGAAGGGGUGACCUGCAGCAAAGACGAAUGGUGGUGGGAUUGCCUGGAGGUUUUACGGGAAAACACCUUAGUUACAUUAGCCAACAUUUCUGGGCAGCUGGACCUGUCUAUUUACCCAGAAAGCAUUUGUUUGCCAAUUUUGGAUGGCUUGCUACACUGGAUGGUAUGUCCUUCUGCAGAGGCCCAGGAUCCUUUCCCAACAGUGGGACUGAAUUCAGCCCUGUCACCGCAGCGACUUGUGUUGGAAACUUUAUGUAAACUCAGCAUUCAGGACAACAACGUGGAUCUCAUCCUCGCGACUCCUCCAUUCAAUCGUCAGGAGAAACUAUACGCCACUUUGGUUAGGUACGUGGGGGACCGGAGGAUUUCAGUCUGCCGAGAAAUGUCGGUUGCCCUGUUGUCAAACUUUGCCAAGGGAGACACGUUGGUCGCAAGAGCGAUAGCUGUGCAAAAAGGAAGCAUCAGCAACCUAAUCAGCUUUCUGGAGGAUGGCAUCACUGUGGCCCAACUUCAGCACAGUCAACCGAACCUGAUGCACAUGCAGCCUCCACCAAUUGAACCAACAAGUGCACACAUGAUGUGUCGGGCAGCCAAGGCUUUACAUGCCAUGGCUAGAGUAGAAGAGAACCGCCCUGAGUUUGUUUUACAAGAGGGUCGCUUGCUAGAUAUUUCUAUCUCAUCAGUUCUGAACACUAUGGUUGCAUCUGUCAUUUGUGACACACUGUUCAUAAUCGGUCAGUUAUGACAGAAGUGGGAACCCAAGCAUGUGUGAGUGGAGACAAAGAAGUUGCAUUAGAUUGGCUGUCUCUAUUAUUUAUCCAACAGAAAAGUAACCUUUGCUCCUCUGCCCCAUUUGUUAAUGAAAUUGGGCUUUAAACAAAGUCAUCAAUUUGGUCAAAUAUAAGAUGGAAAUAAAUAUUUGCUGUAUGUGUAUAAGUACUUUUUAAAACGUUUUUUUAACCAAAGUCGCUGUCUAGUACAGUCGGGGGGGUCAUCUCUAUCCCUAGAUUCCCUUUGGGUGUUACUUUCAUGUUUGUAUGAUAUUUUUGGAAGCAAAACAGGUGAAUUUUGAAAUGUGGCAAACAUUGUACAAUUAACUAUUCUUUACCAGUUUAAAAAAAAUGGGGAAAAAAAUGGGAAAACAGAUUAAUUUUGAAAUAUACACACCACAGAAAUGCUGUGCAAUAGAACUUAGUGAUCUAGGUAUAGGGGAUCAAAUAAAAAAAAGGUGUGCAUAGUCAACUGUAAAACACAAAAUAUAAAACUGCAUUAGCCUAGCAGCAAACAAACUGUUGCCCUGGGUUGGGGGGCCUGGGAGAGAAAGUGAUGAUAAAUAGAAAUUACUUCCUCAUGAUACUGUCAUAUUCAUACCUUUCUUGACCUUCCACGGAAUGACAGUCCUCAACGGUCUCUUAAUUCACAGUUUAUCUUUUGAUAUUUUCUUUCCAACAGCCAAAGUGCUGUAAUGUAUAUAGAAGUUGUACAUUGCACAUACCCUCAAACUAUUUCUGUUGUGUUUGGUUUUUUUUUUCUGUUUCUUUAGAAUGAGGUUUACAGUUUUCCCUUCUCCAUGAUGUGGUAAGGUUUAAAAAAAGUGGUAGAUUUUAAUUAUUUUUUUUAUUAUAUAUUUUUGGCCAUAUCUCCUAUGAGGGUGAUGUACAAGUUUCUGUAUGUAUAAAGUUGUGCUCUAUUUCAAGGAGAGCAGCUGAUCACAUUCUGCUUCGUAAUCAAGGUGUAGAAAAGGUUAAGUACAGGUAAUGAUCAGAAAUUAAAAAAAAAAAAUGAAGAAACACAAUUUCAGAAAUUUUUCAGUGAUGCGAAUCAGCAUAUUUGUAUUUCAGAUAAUGUAGUUAAAACAUUGAUGUAAAUUCCUCCUUUUCCUCUGGCUUAAUGAAUAUCAUUUAUUCAGUAUAAAAUCUUUAUACUAUAUGUUCCACAUGUUAAGAAUAAAUGUACAUUAAAUCUUGUUAAGUGCUGUGAUGAUUGUUCUUGAAUACUUUCUUAUGGAAACUGCUGCUUGGAAAGGGUUUGCCUGUACUGCUCAGAGUCUAAUUUUAUGGUGGAAAAAUGUACUUGUACUGCAGGCAAAAUGCAGUUGCCUUGGCCAUCAAUGUCUCUUCUGUUCUAAACAUGGACAGGCCUUGAUGCAACAGAGGUCCCAGAAGUAGCAGGAUACCCUGAUCAACGACACUGUAAAAUACCGAUGUUAAACAUAGUCUUGGAUGGCCUGAAAGGAGUGGAUAUAGCACAUGGGUCUUCUGAACUGAAACAGCAAUGCAACCUUUGACACAUUCAUUUAAUUUUGUUUUUAACCAGUUGUACUGUUAUGUUAUUUAUGGGAGUUUUUCAUUUGCAAUUACUUGUAUCAAGUUUAACAUUCGGAGAAGUCUCACCUUUGCUGUGAUGCAUCUAACGCAAUGUACAUGACAAAACAUCGCUUUGAUCAUUCGGCUGGUUGAAAAAUAUUGCCGGACAGAGUGUCAUCUGUCAUUCGGCAACUUGCAUUUCUGACUGCCCAUCAUUGGGAAUUUCAGUAUUCAGUUUCUACUUUUACUCUGUCACCUGAAUGACCUCUCCAAACAUGUCUUGCAAUACUUACCGUCUGUUGUCCAGCUGAAAAGGACUGUACUCAAAAUGGAAGGAUAUUCUCCAUUCAUUGCCAGAGAAUCACCUCUAAACUAAACUAACGGAAACAAUGGUGUCUCCUUCCCUUCCUGCACCGUAACCCAUGCUGUCACCUAAGGAUCUAUCCCAGGCCAUUUUAACCUUUCAUCUGCAUGCACCCUCUCAACAACAACAUCCAAAAACCCAUCAUCAGUUUCCAUGCAAUGCUGAGGAAACACAGAUCGAUCUCAGUAUCACUUGUUGUUAGUACCACCAUGUUUCUAAGUAGUCAAACAGCUUGUCUAACAUCCCAUAGUGGAUGAGGAGAAACUUCCAUAGUCGCCAGUGUCUGCCACAAAUGUGAUUCCCAGCUUGUGAGCCCAUUUGCAUUUCCAUGACAUCUGCCUGAAACUGUAAUUAACAGUCAGAUGUUGGCUGAUGUGAUCCUUGGAUCACUUACCCAUGUUGUCACAACCUAUUUUUACCUCCAGGGCAUUGCCCGACACCUGCUUGCUUACCUGUCGCUGAAACUCUCACCCCUGCCAUUGUUACCUGUGAACCGAUGAAUUCCACUGUAUCUCAUAUUUGGUCCCUAUACUUUUUAAACCUCAGGUACUCCACUGUCCAUGACUCAAAACGCACUUAGCCCUGGUCACCCUCUGUUUGCUGACCUCCAUUGACUUCUGGUUAGGCAAACCUCUAUUUAAAACAAUCCCAUUUGUGAUUUCAUCCUACCGUCGCUCUGCCUCUCAUUAUUUUCUCCGCCCAGACAAUCCACCAUCAUCUAUUUUUGUCCCUUUGAGCAUCUCUGCAUUUACAGCUUUAUUUAAAGCUGUACACUCAGCUCCUAGAAAUAUUGAUUCUGGAAUUCUCUUCCUUUCAUCCUUUAAGAUGCUUUUUUAAAACCUACCUCUUUGACAGAGUCACCUGCUGUGAUAUUUCCUUGUGUGACUCGUCAAAUGUUGUUUGUUGGCAUUCCUGUGAAACGCCUUGGGACAUUUUGUUACAUUAAAGGUGUAAAAA